AUGCAGCAGAUGGAGGCUGCUAGGGUAGCUGCCGAGGAUGCCCACCAGCAGCAUAUGGAGGCCCUCCGCCAGCUGGAGGAAAGCAGGACGGCUACACCUGUCUUUGGUCCUAAGCCACGACCUACAGUCAGGGAUUGGAGCCUAGAAGACUUUCUGGAACAUCAUCCAGUGAAAUUUGACGGUAAAGCUAGCCUAGAUGCAGCAGACCAGUGGCUGAAGGAUAUAGAGAGGAUCUUCAAUGCGAAGAUGUGCCCAGCAAAGAACAGAUUGGCGUUUGCGGUAUACAUGCUCACGGGUGAGGCAAAGCAUUGGUGGAUUUACAUGAAGUCCAUCAUGGAGGAGAGGGAUGAGCCAGCCACGUGGGAAGCUUUUAGGGGGAAGUUUCUCUCCGAGUACUUUCCUGACAGUGUUAGAUACGCGAAGGAGGUGGAGUUUCUCCAGUUGACGCAAGGAGGAAAAUCUGUGAUUGAGUAUGCUGAGAAGUUCAAGCACUUCAGCCGCUUCUACACUCUACCGCUUGACAAAGAAUGGAGAUGCAACAAGUUCGAGAAUGGUCUCCACGGUGAUAUCCGCUUGAUGAUGGCUCCAUUGUCCAUCAAGGAUUUUGUUGCUCUGGUGGAGAAAGCUAGAGUGAUGGAGAAGAGGAAGCGUGUAGUAGAAGGUCGACACCCACAACAACCAUAG